UCAAAUCCAUUGGUUUGACAGGAAAGUUUUAUCAGCGAUAAUUUGAGUAACACUUGUAUCAAACAUUCCGCAUUAUCAUAACAUAAUGACGCCCCCGAUGGAAAGAAUUCAAAUUUUAGAAUCAAUAGAAAAGGAUAUAAUUAGCUGUUUACAGAGUGCUGGCCAAGCAUUUAUGGAACUUAGCAAAGAGAAGUCAAGUUUAAAACAAGCCGAGGGUCACACUCAUCAAUUUCUAAAAACUCUGGGCCAUGUGGAGUCGAAGUUAAGCGAACAAAUACACUACUUGACACAAGUGUCCACAGGGCAACCUCACGAGGGAUCUGGAUAUGCUAGUCAGAAGGUUCUUCAAAUGGCAUGGCACAGGCUGGAACAUGCACGCAGCAGGGUGAAUGAGUUGGAAAGGAUCAAGAACAAACAUUUGCAUGGGAGAACGGUAGUCAGAUCGUCACAGCAGCAACAGCAACAGCAGCAACAACAACAGCAACAAAUACCUACUAGUAUUUCCCUCCAGCCUUUGUCACAAUCCGGUGUUAAUUCCUAAAUUUAAUUCGAACGGAAAUUCCUGCAUUUUAUAUUUGUUAGUGCAAUAAAUGCUGAAAACAA